AUGCAAAAUAACGAAAAUAUUGAUGAAUGGCUUAAUUGGAUUGAAGAAGCUAUUAAUAAAAAACAUAUUAAAUAUUACGAAUUUGAAAAUUUUAAAAAUAUUCAAGAAAUUGGUUCUGGAACAUCCGGAAAGGUUUUUCGUGCAAAUUGGAAAAGUUUUGAUCAUUAUUUAGCGUUGAAAUCUUUUUAUAAUCUUAACAAAAUUACCUUAAAAGAAAUUGUUAAUGAGUUAAUUUUGGCCAAAUUCAUAAUUCCGCCCGCGAAUCACGUGACGGAACACAAACUUCCUAAAAAGGAAAUUUUAUCUCCCUAUAAAAUUCAAGUUGCUAUCGCACAAGAAAAUAUAUUUAAUCCAACAAAAGAUUAUUUGUUAGUAAUGGAAUACGCUGACAGUGGUACGCUUCGUGACUAUCUCAAGAAUAACUUUCAUAGACUUACUUGGGAUAAUAAAUACAAUUUGGCAUCCCAAUUGGCUUGUUCCGUACGAUGUCUACAUGAAGAAGGAAUUGUUCACAGAGAUUUGCACUCUUGUAACGUGUUAGUUCACCAGGAUUCCAUUAAGUUAGCGGACUUUGGUUUAUCAAAAAGAAUUGAUGAAGCAUCUAAAUCACAAUCAAAAUUACUUGGUAUGGUUCCUUAUAUCGAUCCAAAAGUAUUGAUGGAUAACAAUUUAAGGUCAAAUAAAAAGAGUGAUAUAUACAGUAUUGGCGUUUUGUUAUGGGAAAUAUCAAGUGGGAAACCACCAUUCCGUGAAGAGAAGUAUGAUUUUAGUCUAAUGUAUAAAAUUUCACAAGGUCGAAGGGAAACAACUGUUCCCAAUACUCCUAAUGAUUAUUCUAGUCUUUAUUCUGAAUGUUGGAAUAAUGAACCAAGUGAACGACCAACUAUACAUGAAGUUGUUAACAGAUUAAAAGUAUUUAUUUCAAAUUCAAAUAACGUAACAAUUUAUCAGCAGCAUGAUAUAUCCGAUCAACCUCAUCCUAUACCAAAUACUCCAAAUAGUAUAAGAAAUUCAUUACAUGGAGAACUAUUCCAAACGAUCCAAGAUUUCACUAAUAUGAAUACAAAUGAAAUGGAUAAUAUAACAUCGAUAAAUAAACAAAUUAAUGAAAAUUUUCCAUCUGAAAAGAAUUUAGGUAUUAUCAUUAUUGGAAUAGUUGAUCUCAUUUUUAAGAAGGUUAAUAAAAGGACUAAAAAAGUAAAGCAACGUGUUCUUGAUUAUCUUAAUAAUUAUAAUAUAAAUUCAAAAGAAAUUUAUAAUUGGGUAUUAAAUAAUCAAAAUACUUCAGAAUCCAUCUUUUUGCUCGGAUAUUUCAAUUACUAUAGUAUUGGAACAACCGAAGAUAAAGAGAAAGCAUUUAAUUUAUUUAUUAAUGCAUCAGAAGAAAAUCAUAUAUUAGCACAAUAUUUUGUUGGACAAUGUUAUGAAUUUGGAAAUGGAAUUACCGAAAAUGAAACAUUAGCAUUUGAAUAUUAUGAAAAAGCAGCUAAUAAAGAUUAUGCAAGUGGACAAUUUAAAUUAGGUUGGUUUUAUGAUAAUGGAAUAAGUGUUAAAAAAGAUUUAAAAAUGGCUGCAUACUGGUAUGAAAAAGCUGCGAAUAAUAGACAUUUGACAGCCAUGUAUAAUCUUGGCCAUUUAUAUAAAAAUGGAGAUGGUGUAGAUAAAGAUCAUCAAAAAGCUUUUGAAUUAUUCAAAAAAUCAGCUGAAGGAGGAUAUUCAAGCGGAAUAACAAUGUUAGGACGAUGCUAUAGUAGCGGAAUUGGAGUUAAUAUUGAUAAGAAAAAGGCAGUUAAAUUAUAUCAGAAGGCUGCAAAUUUAGGAGAAAAUAAUCUUGCUUUGAAGUAUGAAAAAGGAGACGGAGUUAAAAAAGAUUUAGAUAAAGCAACUUAUUGGUAUGAACAUUGGUAUAAACAUUCUGCUAAACAAGGAUAUCAAAAGCUCAAAAUAGUUUAA